UAAAAUUACCUCAUUUAUUACUACAACACAAAAUUCUAAGCAAUCUAAACUACCAUAUAAUAAUGAUGAUUCACUUAGUGAAAGUUUUGAUUUUGAUAAUUUUGAAAACAGUACUACUAUAAGUGAAGAUUCGAAUAAUGAACAAGACUUAAAUAAUGAUAUUGAAUUAAAAAAAUCCAAAUAUGCCCGUUUUGAUAAAAAAAAUUUAAAGUGGAAUCCAAAUUGGAAAAAAACCUACCCAUGGGUUGAUUUGGUAAUAAAACAAGAUAGCAAAUAUAUAGUUUGUACAUGGUGCAUUGAUGCAAAAUGUGAUAAUAUUUUUGUAACAGGUACUCAAUACUUUAAAGAGCAAUAUCUUCAACGACAUAUAGAACGGUCUGAUCAUAAAAAGGUUGUAUAUGCACGUAGCAAAAAUCAAAUUAAUAUUUUAUCUAGUAUACAUCAAUGUACUGAGUUUGAACAACUGCAAACAAUGAGAAAAAUGAUGAAUAUUUAUUUUCUUGUAAAGCAUAAUAUUGCUACACUUAAUUUUGAAGACUUGUGUCAUCUUGUUGA